CUGAUUUUAAUUUGUAUUAAAUUAACAUUUUCGAAGCGAAGGACAAAUGAGCGAUUGGCGGGCCGCCAAAAGAAAAAGAAAAAGUCGACGAUCCAAAGCUUCAUCGCCUGUAAUUGAAUCAAUCCAACCAAAUUUGCGGCUAAUCAGAUUCUCUCGCUUCCUAGUGAUCGCAGCAGUCGAAGAAAAUGGCGAGCUUCCGCUUCUUGUUCAGUAAUGGCGUCGUGUUGCAAGGCUCCGAAGUUCCUCCAGUCGCUACCUUCCUCGAAACUCAUCCUGGCGCUUAUACCACUACUCGGUCCCAUAACAAUGCGUCGAGCAUUCUGUUCUGGGACAGGCACAUGAAAAGGCUCACUCAAUCAGUUAAAAUUCUGUCGAAUUCGACUCCACGACUCUUGUCUGAAUCGAACAAAACGACUGCUAAUCCGGUAUUACAGUCGUCGAUCGAUUCCAUUCCUUGGGAACCAGCUAUUCGGACGCUUGUCGAUGAUUCUAUGAGAGAAGUGUUGCCGGUAGCGUUGAAGGAGAGGAAUGAGGGAGAAGAAUUGACAAUUACAGCACUAGUUAGUGUGAAUUUGGAAAAAUUUGGUGAAAGUGACGGCGUAGUGGAUGUAGAGAAAGUUAAAGAGGUUCUUGAUGUGCACGUGCAUGUCGGUAACUACGUCCCUCGUGAAUUUGGGAUCCCGGAAAAUGGUGCAAAUCUGGCCGUGGUGGGCCAAGGGAGGGAAUUCGCUGAGGCGAAGUACUCCGAUUGGGUUAGGCGUAGGAAGUCUCUGGAAAAAUUGAGGCCUCCUUCUGUGACUGAGCUUCUGUUGUCAAACGAUGGUGAUCAGAUACUUGAAGGCUGCCUGACAAACUUUUUUGUUGUUUGCCGCAAGGUUGAUAACGAAGAUAAGAAUAAGAGAGUUCUUGAUUUCACAAGUACAAAUUCCUUUGAACUGCAGACAGCUCCCAUUAGGGACGGUGUUCUGACUGGGGUUAUUCGCCAAGUAGUCAAAGAAGCUUGUUUAAGUAAUGGCAUUCCAUUUCGAGAAGUUGCACCUACUUGGUCAAGUAAUGAAAUCUGGGAAGAAGCAUUUGUUACAAAUAGCUUGAGAAUCUUGGAGCACGUGAAAGCCAUGUGCAUUCCUGGCACGUGGGACUUGCUCGACUCGAAGACAUGGAGCGAUAUACCGUGGAAUAAGAAGUCGUUUAAGGAUACUCCUGGAAUGAUCACAAGCGCAAUCCAGAAAGAGAUAAUGGAGAGAGCUGUUGCUGAAGGAUUACCGAUCGAUUACUUCAUAUAAAAGGUGCCAUGAUCAACUCUUGUAGAUAUUUUUUUUGCUUUUUUUUUUUUACAAACUCUGUCUUUUUUAUAAAGAAUAUAUGUUUUAACAAAUUGAGCUAUACUUAUACCUAGAUUAAAAUACGGUGAAUUAUCUGCAUUUUAGUUUAGUUAUAUGUUUGUAAAUUGUAAAUAAAAUUAUCUACAAAUUAAGAGCUGGAAUUAGGACUUGGGAAAAAACAGACAGUAAAAUAAUGUUUGGAUUUAUGCAUCUCUGUUUAGCAUCCUACAAUUAGCUUUA